AUGCUGUCCACACACUCUUCGAUCGCUCUCACGGGCGCAAGGCGUCUCGCUACAUCUCACUCAUCAGCGACAACAAGAGGCGUCGCGACCUUCACGCGCUCCUAUCCGUCUUUCCAAGCAAGCAAGCCGUCCGCGACGCGUACGCAAGCGGCCUUCUUCCAGCACUCAUUCCAUCCUUCCCUCAUCGCCUCGCUCCAGUCUACUCCAACCCAUCACACCGCACACCGCCGAUGGAAGUCCUUCAUCGCUGCCGCAGCACUAGCCGGUCUCGCUUCAGUCUACAGCCUCUCUCUGGGUGGCAGCGUCAAACUGGAAGCUGCGCCCGCUGGUGCUGCGUCUAGCUUGACCUCAAUCGCUGCUGAUCCUUCCCAGCAGGUCGUCGUCGACACGGAUACAAAUCUCAGCUUCCCGCUAUACAUCCCUACGCCCGCAUCGUUCCGCUCCACAGACGAGCCAGGGCCCAAGCUCCGAUUGGUCGGGCUGGGCGUGCGCACCGUCUCGUUCCUCCGCGUCCGCGUCUACGUCGCUGCGCUCUACAUCGACGAAGCCGCACUGCACGCCUCCGAUCCCGCGCACGCAAAGUCACUCGAACAGCGCAUGAAGUCCUUACUCGACCAAGGUACACCAGCAGUGAUCCGCAUCGUUCCCGUCCGCAAUACGGACUUCAACCACUUGCGCGAUGGAUUCAUCCGCGCACUGCAGGCUCGACUCAAGCUGGCACUGAAAACGGCGCGGGUCAAAGCAGGCUCCGCGGCGGAAGAAGGGUUUACACGCGGGGUGCAGCAGAUCAAGGAGUCGUUCCCACGCGGGUCGGUCCCCAAAGGUGCGCCGUUGGACGUGGUCGUGCGACCGGGCAAGGGUGGGCAACCGGCGAGUCUCAACUUUGAGUAUAAAGGCCAGGUGUUCGGGCAGGUAGAGUCGGGCAGUCAGGAGAACGAGGUCAAGGGAGGCGAUGCAGGUUUCACGGUAGCCAGAGAGCUGGUGCUGGCGUACUUUGCUGAGCAGGGAGAAAUCAGUACGCCGUUUAAAAAGUCGGUUGAGCAAGGGUUGUUGUCGCAGCAGCAGUAG